AUGUUCGGCAUUCAAACUCUUGCAUGUUUGCAUGAUAUACCAGUUGUUCGUUCAUCGACUAAUAAACUUCAAGAUGUCUAUGUUCAAGCUAAGAAGAAAAGUGCACUUAUUCGACUUCCAUGUAUGUUAGCCGAAACAGUUGCUGAUAAAUCACUUAAAAUUGCUGUUAGUGUUACCAAUCCAAUUAUGAAACCAUUACGUGGACCUGUACGUGUUAUUGAUGAUUUUACUGUUGAAAAAAUUCGUCAAAUCGAAGCUAAAUAUCCUGUUAUUAAUACAUCUACUAAAGAUGUUAUGAAUACAUUGAACGAAAAAACUGAACCUGUUCGUAAUGUAAUGAAUACUGUUAAAGAUACAACUACAUCAACUAUUCAACAUGGCAAAGAAACAGUUUCUAAUGUCAAAAAUGCAACAGUAAAUAAAGCAACAAAUGUUGCUGAUAGUGUUUAUACAUUUUGUGAAACUCAUGUACCAGGAAAAACAGUUCCUGUUCAUCGUCGAGAUUUUGGACAACGAACAACACUUUUAUGGGAACGUAUCAAAUCGAUAAUUAGUUAUCAAGCUGAUUAUAUGUAUCAAUCAAUUGAAUUUUUAGUAACAUGGUAUCGAAUGUUGAUUGUAUCAUUUUUACUUAAAAUAAAACAAACCAAUGAUACUAUACUUAAUAAAUUGAAUCAUAGAUCAUUAUUCUUUGUAUUACCACAUCGAUUAUUAAUUAUUACCGGUAUGUUACUUGAAUAUAUGAUGACACGUUUCCGUCCAGAAAAUCGUACAGAAACAAAACCACAAUCUCGGUCAGUACAACAGAAACAAUUUGUUAGCCGACAAACAUUAAAACCUGGUGCACUUGUUACUACACGUCAAAGUGUGGUUGUAACAAAACAAGAAACAUCGGUGACUUGUAAUGGUGUAACAAAAUCUGAUUUUAAUAAAGAAGAAUUAUAUCCUCGUUUACCUGUUAAUCAUAUUGAACCCGUUCUUGGUAAUGAUAUUGAUAAAUUACAUAAUAAACUUCAUCCAACCGAUACUGAACUUCUUUAUUCUCGAUUACCUGCUGAUGUUAUAUCAAUGACAAAUAAUUUUGAACCUUUAACAGAAGAUCAACGAAUGCUUCAUGCACAAAUUAUUGCUGCUGAUUUAGAAAAAGAAGUUUACGCACAAGAAGAAGAUGAAGACUACUAUGUUCAAUAA